GAUACUUUUGGUUCAGCAAUCAUGUCUUCUUCCUCCCUCUCUCUCUUUUCUUUUUUGUUGAGCAGCAAUAAUGUUUUCAAGUUGACCUGGGCAUUAACAGAAAAUUGACAAUUUGAAGUAUGGUGAAAUCUCCAAGCAAAUAAAGCUCAGGUUAAUUCAUGCCCAGUAAUAAUUCUUAUCGAAGACGAAGUCGAGAGAGCCAUUGGCUCAUUGCGUGGAGUAGAUGUGAGUGGUGACUGAUAAUAAGAAACACUUGUACGCCCAAAUCCCGUAUUUAUUUUGUGAAGAAAGAAAAAAAAAAGAGAUGGCUUUAAGGUUGAUGAUGAAGCCACCACUGUCUUCUUCCAAAGGCUUGCUCUUCUUCUACUUGGUUGUUUUGUUUUCAUGCAGCCAAUCCAUCGAUGCCCAGACUAACCAGACUAACGCCACAACCGAUCCUUCUGAAGUGAGGGCAUUGAUCUCAAUCUUCCAACAGUGGGAUCUACAAGCGCCGGAUACAUGGAACAUCAGUGGAGAGCCAUGUAGUGGAACUGCUCUCACCACAAGCUUUUCUGAGUUUGAGGAUCCUUCUAAUAACCCCGCUAUCAGAUGUGAUUGUUCUUUCAACGCUAGCACUGUUUGCCAUAUUACUAGUCUGAGGGUAUUUGGACUAGAUAAACGAGGAGUGAUACCAGAUGAGAUUUUGGAGUUGCCUUACCUGGAUUUCUUGAAAAUUGAUAAAAAUUUCUUCUCCGGUUCUUUGCCAGCAUUCAUUGGAAAUCUGUCUAGAUUAGGGUUACUGUCAAUUGCCCAAAACAAUUUCUCUGGGCCCAUUCCAAAGGAGAUCGGAAAUCUCAAGAAGCUAUAUCUGCUCUCUUUGGGUAAUAACGAUCUCUCCGGAACAUUGCCUCCUGAACUUGGUAAUUUAGUCGAACUUGGAGAACUAUACAUUAACAGUUGUGGAUUGAGUGGUGAAAUUCCCUCAUCAUUUGCUAACCUUAAAGAAAUGCGAAUUGUGUGGGCAUCUGACAAUGCAUUCACAGGCAAAAUACCUGACUUUGUUGGUAACUGGACAAAGCUUACACAAUUGAGAUUUGAAGGGAACUCUUUUGAAGGUCCAAUUCCAUCUAGUUUUUCGAAUUUAACAUCUUUGAAUUCUUUGCGAAUUGGUGAUAUAUACAAUGGGAGUUCUUCUUCUCUUGAUUUCGUAAGAAAUCUAAAGAACUUGACUGACUUGGUUCUAAGAAAUGUCUUGCUCACUGGUAAUUUUCCAUCUUAUAUCACGGAAUUACAAUCUUUACAAAAGCUGGAUUUGAGUUUCAACAACUUAACAGGCCAAAUUCCAAGCACUUUGUUCAAUAUGAAUUCUCUCAUAUACUUGUUUCUUGGAAAUAACAGUCUAUCAGGUUCCAUUCCCAGUCAAAAGAGUGAAACUCUUCAGACCAUAGAUUUAUCAUACAAUUUUCUAUCAGGAAACUUGCCUUCUUGGGUAAACUCACGCUUACAACUGAACUUUGUGGCCAACAACUUCACACUUAACAGCUCAAACAUAAGGGUUUUACCAGGAUUAGAAUGCCUACAAAGAAGCUUCCCAUGCUUUAGAAAUGCUCCACGAUAUGCAAACUUCUCGCUCAAUUGUGGUGGACCAGCAAUAAUAGCUGAUGGGAUACAGUUUGAGGCUGAGAAUAGAACACUCGGCCCAGCAAAAUUUAAUGUAACCAGUACGCAGAAAUGGGCAGUUAGCAAUGCUGGCUUGUUUGCAGACAGACAAAAUCAACAGUUUGUGGAAAACAAUGGAGGACAAGUGAGAAGUACAAACACUCCAGAGCUGUAUGAGACUUCAAGGAUAUCCCCUGGAUCACUCAGAUACUAUGGCCUAGGCCUUGAGAAUGGACCCUAUACUGUAAGAUUGUUCUUUGCAGAGACAGGUUUCCCAGAGCGAACCUCAGGGUCCUGGAGGAGUCUAGCAAGGCGUGUUUUCGAUGUUUAUAUUCAGGGAGCCCGGAGACUAAGGGAUUUUGAUAUAUCAAAGGAGGCUGGUGGUGUUCAGAGAGCUAUAAGUAGGAAUUUCACUACUAACGUAACUGCGAACCAUCUAGAAAUUCACCUGUUCUGGGCUGGUAAGGGGACUUCCGGCACACCAGAAGAUGGUUAUUAUGGUCCAUCCAUUUCAGCUAUUAGUGUUGUUCCAAAUUUCAUACCAACUGUCAGUGGGAUACCCCCAAGCAAUCCUAAAGAGAAGAACCACACGGCAUUGAUUGCUGGUGUUACAGUUCCUGUUGUAGCAUUGGCUUUGAUACUUAUAUUUGCAAUUAUUUAUGUGAAGAGAAAGAAAGAAGAUGAUGAUGAGGAGGUGCUUCUUGGUAUCAGCCCUAGACCAAACACAUUUACUUAUUCAGAGUUAAAAGCUGCCACUGAAGACUUCAGUCCUUCAAAUAAGUUAGGAGAAGGGGGGUUCGGACCUGUGUACAAGGGUACACUUUCUGAUGGGAGAGUCGUAGCUGUGAAACAACUUUCAGUAGCAUCAAACCAGGGGAAAGAUCAAUUUGUUGCUGAGAUAGCUACCAUAUCAGCCGUACAACAUCGUAAUCUUGUCAAACUAUUAGGCUGCUGCAUUGGAGGAAAUAGGCGCCUCCUUGUUUACGAGUAUCUUGUGAACAAAAGCCUUGAUCAGGCUCUCUGGGGAAAACAGGACUUGCAUCUUGAUUGGCCAACACGCUUUAAUAUUUGCCUAUCAACCGCAAGAGGGCUAGCUUAUCUUCACGAGGAGUCUAUGCCAAGGAUUGUUCAUAGGGAUGUCAAGGCAAGCAAUAUUUUGCUUGAUGCAGAACUUUGCCCAAAGAUAUCUGAUUUUGGAUUGGCAAAGCUUUAUGAUGACAAGAAAACGCACAUCACCACUCGCGCUGCUGGAACAAUUGGCUACCUGGCACCGGAGUAUGCGAUGCGUGGGCAUCUUACAGAGAAAGUAGAUGUUUUUGGCUUUGGUGUUCUUGCUUUGGAGAUUAUAAGUGGUAGACCAAACUCAUAUAAUUCCGUAGAAAAUGACAGAAUUUAUCUUCUUGAAUGGGCGUGGACCCUGCAUGAAAAUAACCAACUUUUGAGCCUUCUUGAUCCAAAAUUAGUGGAGUUUGAUGAAGAUGAAGCUCUCCGAAUGAUAAGAGUAGCACUUUUAUGCAUUCAGGCAUCACCAUCAAUGCGGCCACCCAUGUCCCGUGUCGUUGGUAUGCUUGCAGGAGAUAUUGAAGUGACCAAUGUUACAACAAAACCAAGUUAUAUAACUGACUGGGAUUUUAAGGAUGUCACAGGCACCUUUAUGGAUGAAUCGCAAACAUCCAUUCCAUCUGACCAUAGCGGCAGUGACAUCAAGAGUAAGAACAAGAUCAUUUCAGAUGCAGAUGAUCAACCAGUACUUUCUCCUUUAAAUAUUUCUGGAUUCAGGGAGAGCUUUGGAGAAGGAAGGUGAGAGUUGUUUGUUCCAUGCCUGCUAUAACAGCAUAUGAUAAUGUAGUUUCUUCAACUCUGCCUACUUUGUUGUUCUGGAAAUUAUCAUUUAUGUAUAGAUUGAAUUGUCUUGUAAUAUAUGUAUCGCAAUAUUAUGAAAUUCAGACAAACAAAGACUAGUUGUUGGAAUACAAUAAUUUUGUUCAAUGAAAAAUAGCAAAUUAUGCAGUCCAAA